CAUUAGCAGCACUCCGGAAACUCAGCUCUAAAUCGAAGGCACCAGAAGGUCCACCAAGUCCUCCCUCUGCCCGUUUCUGGGAGCAGCCAUGGCCCUGACUGACAUCGACGUGCAGAAGCAAAUUAAGCACAUGAUGGCUUUCAUCGAGCAGGAAGCCAACGAGAAGGCGGAGGAGAUCGACGCCAAGGCGGAGGAGGAGUUCAACAUUGAGAAAGGCCGCCUAGUGCAAACCCAGCGCCUGAAGAUCAUGGAUUACUAUGAGAAGAAGGAGAAACAGAUAGAGCAGCAGAAAAAGAUUCAGCUGUCCACCAUGAGGAACCAGGCACGCAUCGCGGUCCUGAGAGCCAGAGACAACCUCAUCUUGGAAUUGCUCAGGGACGCCAAGAUGAGACUGAGCCGAAUCGUGUCAGACGUGGAUACCUACCAGGAGCUGCUGGAUAAACUCGUGCUCCAAGCCUUGCUCCGGCUGCUGGAGCCUGUGAUGAUUGUCCGAUGCAGGCCACAGGACCUGCACCUGGUGGAGGCUGCGGUGCAGAGAGCCGUCCCCGAGUUCGUGAUGCUCUGCCGGAAACAUUCGGAUGUCCAGGUAGAUCAGGUCGCGUACCUGGCUUCCGGCGCCGCGGGAGGCGUGGAGGUGUACAGCGGCGAUCAGAGAAUAAAGGUUUCCAAUACCCUGGAAAGUCGGCUGAAUCUCGCAGCCCUGGAAAUGAUGCCAGAGAUACGAAGAGCUUUGUUUGGAGAUAAUGCCAAUAGAAAGUUCUUUAUAUAAGUCUCUGGGAAUCUUGCGCUGAACCGUCGAGUUGUGAAGGCCUAUGUCAUUUGG